AUGGAUUUAAACAACACGCUGCUGUACCUGUGUUGCAAGUUUGUAAAAGGAGACGGAACUGAACUCGCCGUGGACGCCGAAGUGGGUCUGGUGAAUUACCCCGUGGCCUCUAUUUUCAGUCAGUUGGAUGUCACGCUGGGAGACCGCCUCAUAAACCAAAGCAACAACUGCUACCCUUACAGAACCUUUAUAGAAUCGGUGCUCAAUUACAGCGACGACACCCUCGCCACGCAAUUUUCCGCCGGCCUGUUUUACAAAGACAUUGCUGGACAACAUAAAGAAACAGAGUUGGAUGGAGGGAAUCUAGGGUUUGUGAGGCGUGCAAAGCUGACGGCCGAGAGCAGAAUGGUAGAGCUGCUGGGCCAUUUACACAGCGACCUGUUUUUUCAAGUUGCAGCUGAAGGCUUUAAACUGCGCAUUGUAUCAGCGUCCCUUUUUGUGAAGAAAGUACGGGUGGCCCUGGGAGUACGUCUGGGGCACGCGGAGGCCCUGCUUACUGCUAAUGCUAAAUACCCCGUGGACCGUGUGGGAAUGAAAGUGUUUAGCAUCCCCACGGGCAGCAGGGUCAGUAACCAGGAAAACCUGUUCUUGGGACAGUUAUCCAAAAUGCUUGUCCUAGGGUUUGUGGAUAACGAUGCCUUUAGCGGAAAUUACGCUAAAAAUCCCUUUAAUUUUAAACAUUACGAUAUUAAUUUUGUGGCCUUGUAUGUGGAUGGUGAACAGAUACCGACCAAGCCUCUGCAACCGGACUUUGAGGCAGGACGCUGCGUGAGAGAAUACAUGAAUUUGGUACAGACAGCUGGUAAACACAUGAAAGAUUGUUCUCUGUUAAUCGACCGUGAGGAGUUUGCACAGGGUUACACCUUGUUUGCCUUUGACCUAUCUCCCGACCAGGAAUGCGCUGAUCACUAUUCCCUGAUUAAAACCGGGAACCUGAGAGCAGAAAUACGUUUUGGGAAGGCUUUAAUGGUUACCGUCAAUAUGAUUGUGUAUGGGGUUUUUGACAAUGUCAUAGAAAUAAAUCAGAGGAGAAACAUUCUGUUUGACUACAUGUGA